AAGAAAACCUGGGUAUGGUCAUGAUUUUCACUCUGGUGACAGCUGUUCAGGAAAAACUGAAUGAAAUAGUGGAUGAGAUGAAAAACAGGAGAGAAGAGGAGCAACGAGAAAGAGAGAGGGAAGCAGAAGAAGCUGAGAAGGUGGCGUUCCAGGGAACGGUGGUGACCAUCGAGAACUUCCUGGCGUGGAAAGCCAACUUUGAGCUGGAUAUGGCCGAGUUGAGAAGGAAAAAGCUGAAAGAGGACGAGCAGGCUGGAAAACCUAAACUCACAGGUAAACAGCUCUUUGAGAGGGAUCACAACCUGGACACUUCAGACAUUCAAUUUCUGGAAGAUGCUGGAAACAACGUUGAAGUAGACGAGUCACUCUUUCAGGACAUUGAUGACUUGGACUUGGAUGAGGAUGACCCAGAUUUUGACCCUUUAGAGAUUGGCAGUGAUGAAGACUGAAGCUCUGCAACACAGACCUUUAAAACAUUUUCUCUAAAAUGGCUGUGGUUCUUCAUAUGCUCAAUGUUUUCUAUGACCUAGAACCUGAGGCAAGGGGACCUUACUUUUUACAACACAUGGUUAAAUGCCUAAAAAUUUAGAAUGUCCUAAAGUCAAUGCAAUGUAAGAGGCAUACAGGUGCAUCUAAAAUAAUAGAUUAUUGUAAAAAGGAGACACAAUUGUCAGUAAUUUCAGGAAGUGAAACUUGUGUAUUAUAGAUUCAUUACACAGAGUGAAAUGUUUGAAGCCUUUAUUUCUUAUAUUUUGAUGAUUAUAACUUACAAAUAAUGACAAACCAACAUUCAGUGUGUCAGAAAGUUAGAAUAUUCCACAGCCAGAUGUUGGUCCCUUUGUCAGUGUGGGCCGG